AUGAUUGAAAAUAAGUUGGCAGAUCUUGAUCUUGGAUCAAGUGAUAACUAUUGCAAACUUGACAAGAAUUUGGAAAUGCUAGCAAAAGAUUCUAGUUCAAAAAAAUUCAUUGACGUAACUGAUGUGUUCAAGAAGUUGGGUAGUAAACUAAAUCCAGAUGUAAUAAUCAAAAGUCCGAAUUUUGAUCUUUUUGAGGGUACACGUUCAUUAGAAGUUAGUAAUCCCAAACUUGAUUCUAGCUUGAUUCAGCUGAGUAAAGAAGAAAUCGAUUUUAAUUGUGAUCUAAUUUGUGGAAAUGACAACUUCAUAGAGCAAUUACAAAAUGUCACUGCUAUAUCAGAUCGAUUGUUAAGGUCUAUCAUAUGUUGGUUAAACGAAUAUCAAACUUUACCAACAACCGUACUAUCGUGCCGAUAUGUUGAGCAUAUUUUAAAGUUAUCCGCUAUCAAUAAGAAGAUGACCUCAUUACAAACAGGAAAUGAUUUAUAUGAUAGAGUUUUGAGUUCAAUGGUAUUUGGAGUAUGUUAUUUUGGAAAGUUUGUGCAACAAUUAUUGGUGGCGGGUGUCAUUUUGGAAGAGGAAGAUUUGAAUUUUAAUGGAAUGAAUCUAGAUUUCUUUUCAUACAUUGAGUCAUCCGAUGAAGUUCUGAAAUUGAUCGAUGAUGGUAUAGCAUAUCUAAACUCUGUUAAAUCUGGUGGUGUAGAUUUUCUGUUACAUAUUUUGGAAAUUGUAAAAUCAUUGGUUCGUAUAGAAGAAACUAUUACUAAGUAUUCUACGGAAACUGAUUACUUGGAUUAUUUAAUCAAACAUUCAGAAAUAUUAAAUGAUUUAGGACCAUAUAGCCAUGAGCCACCUCUUGGUUCAUUCUCCAUGGGUAUCCAAAAAAGAAUGGAAAAUCAGUUUCCCCCAAAAUCUUUAGUAAUUCCAUCCCAUAAUUACUUAGGUCUUAAGGUUAUGGCCAACGAUGUGAAAAAAGUUUUAUCUGUUGCAGAAUGUAGAACAGCGUUAGAGACUCUUCAAUUUGCGAGAUUUUUCAAUCAUUUAACCCAGAAGCAUGUAAUAUCAAGAGCUAUCUUCUCUUUAUUUUUUAUUAGGGAUGAUCAGACAAUUUUGGGUAAGUAUUCCUUGGAUGAGUUUAUGGAUAUGCAUUUAAAUGAAGUAACCAUGGCGGGAACAAACUCUAGUAGACUAUGCUUGGAUGGUGAUAGUUAUCUACUUUUGGAACCUGUAUAUCAAGAGGCAAUUAGAGUUGCUCUAGAUUAUUACCAAAAUAAGGCACAAAACACAUGCAGAGUAAGACAAGGAUAUAAUAGACAUUUAAUAUUGUGGGAUUCUUUACAGGCUCAAAUGGAAAAUGUUGAGAUUGAGUUGGAAUCAAUUGGUAUUGUAAAUAAAGCUGAUGAAGAACAAGAAAGCACAUUUUUACCAUAUUCAUCGUGGAUAUAUGUUAAUAAAGUGACAAUAAUGCUGGAUUUUAUUCUAAAAGGAUUUGAUUUGGGAGUUUACAAACCGUUUGAAGCUUUUGCAAUGUAUUGGUAUGGAUAUUAUCUAACCCAUAAACAGGAGUUUUGUUUGAAGACUAUCUUACAAUUUUUGGAUUCUAGGAUUAACUCAAUUCAUGCCAUUAAUAAAAGAGUCAAGAAGCAAAAAUCUGCUGAGAAAAAGGAGGCAUUAAGAGCUAAGUACAAACACGCAAUGUCAAAUGAAAUGCCCCAAUUACAGACAAACAAACGUUAUAUAAAUUAUCUACUAUUAAAAAGUUCGAUAGAAAAAUCAUUAUGUCUGGUACAGGUGUUCCAAUUUGCAAUAUUGAAAUCAUAUGGAAUAAUUGACUAUAAAACCCCAUCAGAAUCCACAUUUAUUAAUGAUGAAUUGAUUCACGAUUUAAGAAUGAAACCAUUUUCAUCAAUCGGAGUUCCAGAAUUACCAACAUAUAAAGAAUUUAAUAACGCACUACAAGAUUUUUCAAUACAAGAACCAAUGUUUUCUUCAAAAUUAAACAAGUCAAUGGAAUAUAUGAAAAAGGAACUCUCCUCUGUAGCUGAGGCUGUUGAACAGAUUAAGAAAUGUAUUUCUACAGGUGACAAUAACGGCUCCAUCGUAACUGGCACUAGAUUAGUUAAAGAGGAAUCAUUUCAAGUAUAUGAACAAUUAGGUAACACUACAAAAGCAUUACAAGUUAAUAGUGAAAUAAUAAGAAAAAAACUGGGAGAAAAACCACAAUCAAACUUAAUUGAAAAAUACCUGGUUGAUACUACAUUCCCUCCAAAUGCAUCUACAUUUUUCCCUCUGUUCUCACUGGUAAACAUACAACCUUCUAAAAAUUAG